UCCUGUCUACAUGUAGUCUGAACCUGAAGUUAGAAGAACUAACAGCUGAUAAUCAACAAUUAGCUCAUUGACUGUGAAGACUACAACCUCCUCCAAUCCAUAGUCGUGAUGGCAGACUUAUUUGAAGGACAAAGUACAAAAUCGGAAUUUCGCAAGUUUGAUGCCAUCCUCAAGCAAAGCAGUAAAACUAAAGAUGGUUCACCUGAUCUUUAUCAUCUGAAACCAAAGACAGACUGUCAUGCUGAAUCUGAACCAUACAGAAAAAUCACCUUUGGCAAAAGAGACCCAAAAAAAACCCUUAAAACUAUUCUGCUGGUUGGAGAAACAGGAACAGGAAAAACUACCCUGAUCAAUGUGAUGGUCAACUACAUGCUGGGUGUUCAGAGAGAAGACAAGGUUUGGUUUGAGAUCACAGAUGAUCAGAGCGAUCGGUCUUCAGUUCACAGUCAGACCUCCAUCAUCACUGUUUAUGGGGUUUAUCUACAAGAGAGUCCAAUAGAUUUAACAAUCAUCGACACACCAGGAUAUGGAGACACUCAAGACGUUCAUAGAGAGAUUGCUAUUAAUAUGCUUGAUUUAAGUACAUCCGAAAAUGGCAUUAAUGAACUGGAUGCAGUGUGUCUGGUGAUUAAAGCAACUCAGAGUCGUCUUGAUGACAGACAAAUCUGCAUAUUUGAUGCUGUUCAGUCUUUAUUUGGAACAAAUAUUGCUGAUAAUAUUGUCCUGCUCUUCACAUUCUCUCGUGGAGCUAUUCCUAAAAAUGUCCUGACGGCUGUUAAAGAGGAUCAAAUCCAGUGUGCAGUGAAUGAACAGAAUCAGCCGGUGUAUUUCCUGUUUGACAACUGUCAGUCAGACACUCGAGUUAAAGGAUGUUCUGAGAAAGAUGAAGCACAACAUAAAAUGCUGGAACAGUCAUGGGAAAUUAGUUUUACAGGAAUAAAAAGAUUUUUCAGCUUUCUUGAAAACAUCAAACCAAAAUCACUUAAGAUGACCCGAGAUGUGCUUGAACAACACAUACAGUUUGAGAAGAAUAUCUCCAGCCUACAAUCAUGUGAUCAAGAAAUGGUAGAGAAGCAAUCGGAUCUGAGACAAACUCAAGAUGAUCAGGAAAAGGAGCAGGAAUUUUUAAAGAAUGAUAAAAACGUUGAGUGUGAAGUUGAAGUGCAGUACAGAGAGUUAGAUAAAGUUAUUGAUCCUGGUUUAGCCAGCAGUGUGAUGUGCUGCAUCAACUGUGAGGAGAACUGUCCUACUGAGGAAUCAUGGUCCAUCAGUUCACCUUUCAUAUCAAAAAAAUGUACUUCCACAUGCUGCACACAACAAUGCAAACACAUAAAAGGAGUUACAUAUAAAACAAAGACAAGGAUGGAGAAGAGGAUAAAUGAAGAUUUAAAGAAGCAAUAUGAAGAAAAAAUGAAACACAUUUUGUCUCUAAUCAAGAAUCUGGAGAAAGAACUGCGAGACUUGGAGACACGACAAAUAAAGCUGGUAUUUGAAGCUUUUCACUGUGUGGACACUCUGGAGAGGAUCGCUCUCAACACUGAUUCACUGAUCAUACUUCAACAUGUAGACUUUCUGAUUGAUAAGCUGAAGGAAAUUGAUGAGUCUGAAAAGGCCAAAACACUGGAAGACAUCAAAAGUAGAGCAGGAGAAGGAAAACAAAGAGCUCUGGGAUGGAUUAACACAACAACUGGUUUGGUUUUAAAUGGUAAAACAUCCCUAUUGGAAUGAUUUAUGUUGUUAUUGUUGAAUGAACAAGAGAAGGUCAAAAAUUGUGAGAAACUACAUCACUUAUGACUCCACAAAGCUUUUAUUAUGGCCAUUGGUUUGGCUCUUUAUCAUGUAUUUCUGAGUUGUAUAUUUUCAUACUUAAUUUUGAGAACAUAAUGCAUGUCAUUUACUUUAACAUUUACUGUUUAACUCACUAGUAAGAUGUAAACAGUGUAUUUUUUAACACAAAAUAAUGGGUUAAUAUUCUAACAAAAAAUAUUAC